AUGGCUGACACAUGCUGCUUCAGGACCUGUAUUAUUGCUGCAUCCACCAUAUCCGUCUGCUCCAGUGACAUGAGCUGUGGCAGCCGGGUCUGCUCCCCCAGCCCUUGCACUGGCUCCUCCUGGAAGGUGGAUAAUUGUCAGGAGACCUGCUGCGAACCCUCCUGCUGUACCCCCAGCUGCUGUGCCUCAGCCCCUUGCCUGAGCCUGGUCUGCACCCCAGUAAGCUGUGUGUCCAGCCCCUGCCAGUCAGGCUGCACCAGCUCCUGCAUUCCCUCGUGCUGCCAGCAGUCUAGCUGCCAGCCAGCUUGCUGUUCCUUUUUGUGCUGCCAGCAGUCUAGCUGCCAGCCAGCUUGCUGUUCCUUUUCCCCCUGCCGGCAGCCCCGCUGCAUGCCCGUGUGCUGCAAGCCCCUGUGCUGGAUACCUGUCUGCUCUGGGUCUUCCUUUUCCUGUUGCCAACAGUCUAGCUGCCAGCCAGCUUGCUGUCCCUCCUCUUGCUGCAGACCUUCCUCUUGCGUGUCCCUCCUCUGCCGACCUGUGUGCAGGCCUGCCUGCUGUGUGCCCGUUCCCAACUGCUCUGCCCCCACCUCCUCCUCUCUGUUCAGCUGCUGCUGCCCAGCCUCCUGCAUGUCCCUUCUCUACCGCCCUCCAUGCUUCCGCCCAGCCUGCUGCAGCCUCUCCUCAGGACAGAUGUGCUGA